AUGGCUACCAAACAGCAACCAAAAUGGCAUAAACCUGUGACUGUAAACCCUCCACCCACUAUUAAAAUUUAUAAUUCGCUUACGAAAAGCAAGAUUGAUUUUAUUCCGAUAAAAGGGAAACAAAUCACUUGGUAUAGCUGUGGUCCAACUGUUUAUGACGCAUCACACGUUGGUCAUGCAAGGAAUUACGUGACUAUCGAUUAUCUAAGAAGAAUAUUGAGUGAUUAUUUUAACUACGACGUAUUGUUUGUCAUGAAUGUAACUGACAUCGAUGAUAAAAUAAUAUUACGCGCACGUCAAAACCACUUAUUUAACCAACUCAAGUCUGACACAAAUGCAUUGACUCGCGAUCUCAUUGAUAAAGUUCAAGUUGCGUUAAAAAAUCACGCUCGUACUAAACUUGGCGUGGCUGAUGGUAGUCUCGGUGGUGCUAUGGCUGCGUCGGCUGCAUCGGAAGGAGAUCCAAAGUAUCUUAUGUAUGCUAAUGCGUUUGUAGCGUUGGUUAUUAUUUGGGUUAUUCAGAGAGAUUCUGUGGGGGCAAUUGUGGAUGCACAAGUAGCGCUUGAGGAUAAUGACAUUAGUAGAGAAAUGGCUCAUAAAUUGUUGGAUUCUACGCAAUUUAUUUUGUCGUCAUGGUUAGAUGAAGAGAAAGGUUCAGCUAUAUCUGAUCCUAAAAUCUUUCGAGAACUCGCGGCUUAUUGGGAACAAGAUUUCAUGGAGGAUAUGACUGCUCUGAAUGUUCGCCCUUGCGAUAUUCUAACACGUGUUAGCGAAUAUGUCCCGGAAAUCGUCGAAUAUGUGCAAAAGAUAGUGGACAAUGGCUAUGCUUACGAAGUCGAAGGAUCCGUUUAUUUUGAUACGGUUGCAUUUGACGGUCACAAAAAUCAUCAUUAUGCAAAACUAGAACCCUGGUCAGCCGGAAAUACGGGAUUAAUCAAUGAAGGGGAAGGUACUUUGGGUAGUAAAUUAACUGGGAAAAAGACUAAUAGCGAUUUUGCUCUAUGGAAAAAGAGUAAACCUGGCGAACCAGCCUGGGAUUCCCCCUGGGGACCGGCUGGCAUAUUGAAUGCUCUUGAAAUUCUUGGUGAAAAUAUGGAUAUUCAUUCUGGAGGCAUUGAUUUAGCUUUCCCUCACCAUGAUAACGAAUUAGCCCAAUCUGAGGCAUAUCAUGGAUGCCCUCAAUGGGUCAAUUAUUUUGUUCACGCUGGUCAUCUAGAAGUAGAAGGACAAAAAAUGAGCAAAUCAUUGAAAAAUUUUAUUACGAUUAAGGAAGCCCUCAAAAAGUAUACACCUCGUCAAUUACGAUUGUGCUUUUUGCUUCAUCAAUGGAAUUCUAAAUUUGAUUUCAAAGAUUCGAGUAUGAAUGAAGCCAAAAAUAUCGAAACAAUAUUAAAUAAUUUCUUUGUAAAUGCUAAAGCACUCAUCAACGAAAAUAAGCUCACGGAGUUCAAGUCUGAUGGAAUUCAUCGCUUUAAAGACAGUGAACAAAAAAUCAUCAAACUUCUUCAAGAAAAGCAGGAAGCAGUUCACAAUGCUCUUUGCGACUCGAUAAAUACGCCAACAGCAUUGGCAGAAAUAAUGGAUCUUGUGAGCAAGACCAAUAUUUACUUAUCCGCCAAACGCGGCUAUACAAACGUUAAUGUGAUUGAAAAAAUUGCAAAGUAUGUAACAAAGAUCUUGCGAGUAUUUGGGUUAUGCGAGAACACUGCUGAUGAAGCUAUCGGGUUUGGAGUCUCGGAGCAACAAGCCGUUGCCAAUACUGAAGAUAUCGUCAUGCCAUAUCUUCGAGUUCUUUCUUCAUUCAGAGACAAUGUGCGAGAAUUAGCACGUCAAGAACGCGCUCACUUGGAAUUCUUAACUCUUAGUGAUAAAUUGAGGGACAUCGAUCUAGUCGAACUGGGAGUAUCGUUAGAUGAUCGUGAGGAUGGCAAAGCAUUAGUAAAACUUGUCGAUAAAGAAGAGCUAAUAAAAGCAAGAGAGGCAAAAGCACAAGCUCAGUUGGAAAAGGUGGCUCGUAAAGAAGCACUCGCAAAAGCUAAAGAAGAGGAAAAAAAAGCUAAAUUGGAAAAAGGCAAAAUUCCCGCUGAGGAGAUGUUCAAAUUGGCACGGGGAGAAAAUGAUGAGAUUAUAUAUUCUUUAUUUGAUGAGCAGGGUAUCCCAACACAUGAUGCUCAAGGACAAGAACUUGCAAAAAGUAGAGUUAAAAAGAUAAAAAAAGAAUGGGAAACACAGCAAAAAUUGCAUUCUGAAUAUUUGGAGUGGGUGAAACAACAAGAAAGUGGUGAAGGUGGAUCUUUAACAAACUGA